CAAAACAGGAUACGAGGAAUUACUGUUGCUGACUCCCAUCAACAGUUCGCAUGCAUGGACAUUUGGGCUCAAGAGCAAGAUGGUAAAUGCCGAAUGCAUCCGAAAGAGUGGGACCUGUAGAGGUGUCUUUUACGGAGAUGAUCCUUUCAAAUUUAUGGAGCCAGUUUUCCUGUUACAGCUCGCCAUAAGCUCUCUCCUCACAAACUUCUGUCAGCUCCUUUUCAGGCCAUUGGGCCAAACCUCUAUCAUCGGCCAGAUCAUGGCUGGUUUAAUUGCAGGGCCCUCAGCUCUUAGCCGAAACUCAAUCAUUAAGGAAAAGGUGUUCCCACAACCAAGUCAAUAUGUGCAGGAAACCUUGUCUCUGUAUGGCAGUGUAUUCAUCUUCUUUCUUGCUGGAGUGAGAAUGGACAUGGGCACGAUCAAGAACUCGGGAAAGAAAGAAUGGUCUAUCGGCCUCACGACAUUCUUCCUUCCGUUGCUCUUAAGCGUGCCCAUUGCCGUUGCAUAUAAGAAAAUCAGUUCCCUCGAUAAGCUUUUGAGAAACAACCUCGCCUCAAUUGCAUCUCUCUUUUCCACCACUUCGUUCCACGUCGUGGCUAGUGUCUUACACGAGCUCAAGCUCCUCAAUACUGAAGUUGGUCGCUUAGCUAUGUCUUCGUCCAUGAUCAGUGUCCUGCUUAGUUGGAUCUUGUUAGAUCUUGGCGUGACAUUCAAGCAAACCGUAAUGAAGGGAUAUGGAGUGGGCGUGUUCUUUAAGUUGAUGGCAUGUAGCGUGGUCGUGGUGCUCUUUAUCUACUAUAUUAUGCGACCCAUCAUGCUUUGGAUGGUCAGACGGACGGAAGAAGGGAGACCCAUCAAGCGGAGCUACCUCUAUUCUCUCGUUAUCUUGAUUCUAGGUUGUUGUUUCCUGAGCGAGGCAUUGGGCAAGCAUGUGGUCUUUACGGCCGCAUUUCUAGGCGUGUGUGUUCCAGGCGGACCACCUCUGGGUUCAGCCUUGGUGGAGAAGCUUGAUUGCUUCAUAACUGUUAUAUUAUUGCCGCUCUACUUAGUUGUGAAUUUUGAGGAUGUUGAUUUUUAUCACAUCAACGCUCGCUCUUUUUUCAUUAUCGGAUCUCUAUGCCUCAUUGCAUCCUUGGGAAAAUUCAUUGGAACCGUACUUCCUUGUUUCUACUUCGACAUUCCAUUAAAAGAAUCUAUCCCGCUUGGGCUCGUUUUGAGCACUCUCGGCUUGCUUGAUCUUCAGUUUUACAAAUCCGCACAAGUGCUUGGGUAUUUUGAUAGCUCAAUUUUUGGUGCGAUGAGUAUAUCAAUAAUAAUGGUGACAGGUUUCGUUGCGCCUGUGGUUAGAGUGAUUUACAAUCCAUCAAACAAAUAUAGAGGCUACAAGACACGGACCCUUCAGCACAACAACCUCCAGACCGAACUUCCAAUACUCGUCUGUGUCCACAACCAAGAAAAUGUUCCUGCCCUUAUCAACCUCCUUGAGGCCACCCACCCCGUCGAAGAACACCCCAUGGCCGUCUACCUCCUCCAGCUUGUCGAGCUUGUCGGCCUUUCAGCCCCAAUCCUCAUCCCUUAUCAACCUGCCAAAACCAGUGACUCUCAACGCUCUGGACGUGCCAUUUUCAAUGCUUUUAAAAUCUUCCAACGAAAUAACCCAGGAGUGAACACAAUGCAGGCCUUCACAAGCAUAGCCCCUUACGCUACAAUGCACGAUGACAUAUGCACUCUCGCACUGGACAAGAAGGUUUGCUUCAUCAUCGUCCCUUUUCACAAGCAAUGGCACCUUGAUGGUGAGGUUGAGUCGGUGAGUCGUAGGAACGUCAACCAAAACGUCCUCAUGAAGGCGCCAUGCUCCGUCGGGAUGCUCAUCGAUCGUGGAACCUUGACUGGCCGUAGAUCUAUUUUAGGAAGUUGGGCCUACUUUAGAGUUGCAAUGAUAUUCCUAGGAGGUGCUGAUGAUCGUGAAGCACUAUCGCUUGCAAUGCGUAUGGCUCAGCACCCGAAAGUUAAUCUCACAGUGAUCAGGUUGGUUCCGAUCGGUGACAAUAUGCUCGUCAUGGAUGAAAUGGAGAGGAUGUUGGAUGAGGAAGUGAUUAGAGAGUUUAGGCUUUCCACUAUUGGUUACAGUGAUCGUGUUCUCUAUAGAGAGGAGGGAGUGACAGAUGGGAUCGGAACCAUCAAUUUGAUUCGGUCCCUUGAUAACUCAUUUGAUCUCAUUCUGGUGGGGAGACGCCAUGAGAAGGAUUCACCAUUCUUGGAAGGAUCAGUGGAAUGGGAUGAGUUUCCAUUUAUUGGAUACAUUGGAGACAUGAUCAUUUCAACAGAUUUCAAGCGCAGAGUCUCGAUUUUGGUGGUGCAACAACAUGACUUUGCAUCUCAAGUUGCAUUAGGUAAAGCUAAAGCUAGAUUUCGCCAUCUUUACAGUUGUGACAUGCCAUGAAAACCUUUUUGAAUUGUAUAGUACUGGGAAUGUAUUGAUACUAAUCUCAUAGAAGACAGAGAUAAGAGAAUAGUUUAGAAA